AUGUCUGAUAAUAGGAGACGUAGACGUGAGGAAGAUGAUUCCGAUUCAGAAAAUGAGCUACCGCCAUCCUCACCCCAGCAACAGUUUAGAAGGGGAAUGAAUCCAGUUUCAUCGCCAAUUGGUUCUCCAGAUAUGAUUAACCCUGAAGGUGACGAUAACGAAGUUGACGAUGUGCCAGAUAUUGAUGAAGUGGAAGAACAAAUGAACGAAGUGGAUUUGAUGGGCGAUAAUAUGUAUGAGGAUUAUGCGGCUGAUCAGAAUAGAGAUAGGUAUGAUCCAAAUCAAGUAGAUGAUAGGGAACAGCAAGAAUUAUCUUUAAGCGAACGUCGCCGUAUUGAUGCUCAGCUAAAUGAAAGAGAUAGACUAUUGAGAAAUGUUGCCUACAUAGAUGACGAGGAUGAAGAACAAGCAGGUGCCGCGCAAUUAGAUGAAAUGGGUCUUCCUGUGCAAAGACGAAGGAGGAGGAGGCAAUAUGAGGACUUUGAAAAUAGCGAUGACGAUCUCUUAAGUGAUAUGGACAUUGACCCAUUGAGAGAGGAACUAACUUUAGAAUCCUUAAGUAACGUUAAGGCUAACAGUUACUCGGAAUGGAUUACACAACCUAAUGUUUCAAGAACUAUUGCCAGAGAGUUGAAGUCAUUUCUGCUAGAAUAUACAGACGAAACAGGUCGUUCUGUAUACGGUGCACGUAUUAGAACAUUAGGUGAGAUGAAUUCUGAAUCUUUGGAAGUUAAUUAUAGACACCUGGCGGAGUCCAAAGCCAUCCUGGCACUGUUUUUAGCUAAAUGCCCGGAAGAAAUGUUAAAAAUAUUCGAUCUAGUGGCCAUGGAGGCAACUGAAUUACAUUAUCCAGAUUAUGCCCGUAUCCACUCCGAGAUUCACGUAAGAAUCUCAGAUUUUCCGACAAUAUACAGUUUACGUGAAUUGCGUGAAUCUAAUCUGACCUCUCUAGUACGUGUCACUGGGGUGGUGACAAGAAGAACAGGUGUCUUCCCUCAGUUGAAAUACGUUAAAUUCAAUUGCUUGAAAUGUGGCUCCAUAUUGGGUCCAUUUUUUCAAGAUUCUAACGAAGAAAUUAGAAUCUCAUUUUGCACAAAUUGUAAAUCAAAAGGCCCCUUUAGAGUUAAUGGAGAAAAAACGGUGUACCGAAAUUAUCAAAGAGUUACGCUCCAGGAAGCUCCCGGAACCGUUCCCCCAGGUCGUUUGCCAAGGCACAGAGAAGUUAUCUUAUUGGCGGAUUUGGUAGAUGUAUCCAAGCCAGGUGAAGAGGUAGAAGUUACCGGCAUCUAUAAAAACAACUACGAUGGUAAUUUGAAUGCAAAGAACGGUUUUCCCGUUUUUGCCACAAUUAUUGAGGCUAAUUCUAUAAAGAGAAGGGAAGGUAAUGCAGCUAACGAAGGUGAAGAAGGAUUAGAUGUUUUCGGUUGGACUGAAGAAGAGGAACGUGAAUUUAGAAAGAUUUCUAGAGAUCGUGGAAUAAUUGAUAAAAUUAUAUCAUCAAUGGCACCAUCUAUCUAUGGCCAUAGGGAUAUCAAAACUGCUGUCGCAUGUUCAUUAUUUGGAGGUGUUCCAAAAAACGUUAAUGGAAAACAUUCCAUUCGUGGUGAUAUCAAUGUGUUAUUAUUAGGUGAUCCAGGUACUGCCAAAUCUCAAAUCUUGAAAUACGUCGAGAAAACAGCCCACAGAGCGGUCUUUGCGACCGGUCAAGGUGCUUCGGCUGUCGGUUUGACUGCGUCCGUUAGGAAAGAUCCUAUUACUAAAGAAUGGACCUUAGAAGGUGGUGCGCUAGUGCUAGCUGAUAAGGGUGUUUGUUUAAUUGAUGAAUUCGAUAAGAUGAACGAUCAAGAUCGUACAUCCAUUCAUGAAGCUAUGGAACAGCAAAGUAUUUCUAUUUCUAAAGCUGGUAUUGUUACCACACUACAAGCACGGUGUUCAAUUAUAGCUGCGGCAAAUCCAAAUGGUGGUAGAUACAAUUCAACGUUGCCUUUAGCUCAAAAUGUUAGUUUAACUGAACCUAUUCUUUCUAGAUUUGAUAUUUUAUGUGUUGUGAGAGAUCUUGUUGAUGAAGAGGCCGACGAGAGAUUAGCUACGUUUGUUGUCGAUUCUCACGUCAGAUCUCAUCCAGAAAACGAUGAGGAUCGAGAAGGUGAAGAGCUCAAAAAUAAUGACGAGUCGGCGAUAGAACAAGGGGAACAUGAAAUAAAUGAGCAAAUUACUGCAAGGCAAAGAAGACUCCAAAGGCAAAGGAAGAAGGAGGAAGAAAUUUCUCCAAUUCCACAGGAACUAUUGAUGAAGUAUAUUCACUAUGCUAGGACAAAAAUCUACCCUAAAUUGCACCAGAUGGAUAUGGAUAAAGUCAGUAGGGUAUAUGCGGACUUGAGAAGGGAAAGUAUUUCUACAGGUUCAUUUCCAAUCACUGUUCGUCACUUAGAAUCUAUUCUAAGAAUUGCAGAAUCGUUUGCUAAAAUGAGAUUAUCUGAAUUCGUAUCUUCCUAUGAUUUGGAUAGAGCUAUCAAAGUCGUAGUUGAUUCCUUUGUUGAUGCGCAAAAAGUCAGUGUUCGUCGCCAACUCCGCAGAUCUUUUGCAAUUUAUACCUUGGGUCACUAA